AUGACGGCUCGGGAUGAGGCAUUCUACCGCCGGGCUGUGAAGCUCCUGAGCUUUGGAUUCUUCGGGGUCUUUGGCGGCUUCCAGGCGGCGCAGGGCUUGCAGUCCUCUCUGAAUGCGGAGCUGGGCGAGUUGAACUUGGCAUGCUUGUACGGGACUUUCACGAUCCUGUGUCUGGUGGUUCCACCGGUCCUUUCUCGUUUGGAGAGAUGGCUUGGAGGCAUGCAGUGGCUGCUGGCAUUGUGCUCUGCAGCCUAUGCUGCAAUGGCACUUUCCAAUGCCAUGAAGGUGCCAGCAGAACCUUCACCUCUUUGGGCAGUGCCGAUCUGCUUCAACGUCUUGGUCGGAGUCGCCGCGCCGCUGCUCUGGACGAGCCAAAACACCUACAUCAGCCGCUGUGCCUUCCAGGCAGCAACAUUGUCAGGAGAAGCACCAGGCAUGGUGACAACUCGCUACAACAGCCUCUUCUUCUCAAUUUACCAGUUUGCUGGCAUGUUCGGCAAUAUCCUGGCUUCUCUCAUCUUGAUGGCACUGGGCACCAUCAACUGGGCAAAGGACAUUCUGUUUUUGGCUCUGGCUCUCUGUUGCGUGAUGGGCGCUUCUGUUUUUCUGACAAUGCCGACGGUGAGUCAUGACGAAGAGAAUAUUGGCGACGAGGAGAAGCUUCCCAGAAUUGCUGAUACGAGUCGACUUGCAUUCACAGAUGCCAAAGUUGGCUUGAUGAUCCCUUUCAUGAUGACGAACGGAAUGUCUUUAGCAUUUUUUCUUGGCGACUUCCAGACCGAUGUGACUUGUCCCGUUGCUGGACCUGCUUAUACUGGAUUCGUCAUAGCUGUCUUCUUUGGUGUAAAUGCUCUUUCCUCCGCAUUUUGGGGCUUCGUUGUGACCAGCAAGUGGCUCUCGCGCCGCACCGUCUACAUAGCCGCUACUCUGUUCGUGGCCAGUUUUUUGCUUAUGAAGCAACUCUGGACAGUGCCGCAGAACUUUCACUUGCACGCAGGGAGUACGACCUGGCAAGCAGACGCCACGCCAGAUUGGAAAGCCGUGUUGAUGGUUUUUGCCAUGGCUGGUGUAUUCGCGUGUGGCGACUCAUUCUGCGAAGCAGGGCCUGCAAUGACUCUACAGACCUACUACGUCAGUUCAGACAAGGUUGUCGCGGCCAUGGCCAACUACAAGCUCUGGCAAAGCCUUGGUUUUGCGACGCAGUUCUUCAUUGCCAUGCCCCUCAAGUCUUAUCCUGCUGUUCGAGGAGCAAUUUUGCUUUCUCUCUCGGUGCUGUCGUUGGCUUGCAUCCUGCUCCUGGACCGAUUCAUAGCUCCUGUGGAUGGCUUGGAUGACUGUGAACGACGUGCGCUUUCGGCAGGAUGA